AUGCCAUUUCUUGGGAGAGCUUUCCAUAUCAGUGUGGACCUUGUAUUGGCAUCAGCAUUUCUUGCGGGCAUCAAAAGAUCAACUGGUUUAACUCCAAACUUGGACCAAUUCGAUGACAACCUCAUCAAGGAAUACGGUGCCAAAUACUUGAAUGUCGGUGAAUAUGUUUUUGAUGCUUCUGUCGGGUACUUCACUACCAGUACUUACUUCAAGAGAAAGUAG